AUUCCUACGCACGUGAUAUGACCCUAACAUCCCAGAUCAUCACACUGCAUAGAACUCAUUCCUUGUCCCAACCACACACAACAUUUCAUUGUCGUCGGGUUAUACAGAGUACAAUCGUACAAUCCCUCUUAAAUCGCACUUGGUAAGACAACCGGUGAUAGGAAUUUAUCAAACGUCCGUUGUCGGUAGAAUCGUACUCCGCUGUGCGGGGUUAUUUGACCGUGCGUGCUGUCAACAUCCACAUCCACACCCCUCUUUUUCUCUUCUUCUAUUUCUCAACUUCAAAACCUUUCAAGAAACAACGUCAAUCAUCUACAACGAAAAAGAUUCAACUCGCAUUUCCAACACACCUACUUCCUGUUCCAAAGAAGAAGAAAAUCCUUCAAAAUGUCCUUCAUCGUCACCGUCAUAUACCCCAAAACCGAAACCUCAACUUUCGAUUUGGAUUAUUACAUGAAGACACAUAUACCACUCGUACAAGAGAAAUGGGGUCCCCAUGGAUUGAAAAAUUGGACCGUCACAAAGUUGGAUGAGAGUACAGGGUAUUCUAUGUAUGUUUCUCUCAAUUCUUGUUUGCUGUGCUUCUCUUAUCCCCAAAUUUCUUCAUUUUUCCCAGGGUAUUCGUGCUUCAGAAGACGUGAAGCGUUGGGUGGACAAAGUCGAAUUGGCGUGGUUGCUGAUGAAUUGAGUAUAGGCAGGCACUCCUCUGGUUCGAGAGUAAGGAAGCAUGGGCUAAUGGAGCCGUGGAGGCACCAGCUAUUAUGAGUGAUGUACCCAAUUUUAGCUCGGUGCAACCUUUACUUGUCUUUGGAGAAGAGGUUAAGAAGGUUGCUUAAGAUGUCUUGGUGAUGGUUGAUAUUUUAGUACGUGCGGGAUGGGAUGAAUAGGUCGUUCGAUGUACCGUGAUCUGUUAGUGGAGGAUGGACAGAGUGCGAGAAUAGCAUGAUUUGCGAGUAAAAUGCAUAUUCUAACUUCUGUAUCAGAGGACCUUGGUUGUUGUGAAUGAUAGUUAAGAUCUCUUUAGGAUCUAUGGUUUUAUGUCGCCCAUAAAUUUGCUGGAGAGAGGUAGUUUGGAAGAACCCUCAAUCCGCGACUCCACUUUCAGUCUUUCACAAUGUCUUCGAGAUAUGUGCUUCACCAAUCCUAUCACGAGCUAUCUCUCU